UAAGCUGGCAUGGAAAGGUAUGAAUUAUCACAGACAACCUGGUGUUUUAAAUAUAGCCUUUAGCCAGUUUUGUAGAGAGAGAAGAGCAGCCCAUGUCAUGCCAAUAAUAUCGAGCCGUCUGUGAAGAAGUGGUUUAUAUAGGGAAAAGAAAGCGUGUGAAGACGGCGAAACGAAUCAGAACACCGUUGUGGGUCUGCAUCUCAUUCAGCCAGUGAAACAGUGCAGCAUUGCGGGGAGAGUAGCGCUCCGCCGGCCCCAACAGUAAUGACACACAUACGGGACGAAUUAACUCCGAUGGCCGGGAGCGGCGCAGCGUUUCAGCAUGUACAUCGCUUCAAAUAAGCUGGGACGCCCGCCUCGUUUCCUUACGGAAGGGAUUUAAGGAGAAGCUCCGGAGUCCUUUUUAAAUUGGCAAAUUUAUUCCUUUUUAUUUUUUACAAAGCUAUGGCAGAUAUUGACAAGCUUAACGUAGACAGUAUAAUUCAGCGUCUUUUGGAAGUGAAAGGUUCAAAGCCUGGCAAGAGUGUGCAGCUCCAGGAGAGUGAGGUGCGAGGCCUGUGCCUGAAAUCCCGAGAGAUCUUCCUCAGUCAACCUAUCCUGCUGGAGCUGGAGGCUCCUCUUAAGAUAUGUGGUGACAUCCAUGGCCAGUACUAUGACCUCCUAAGGCUGUUUGAGUAUAGCGGAUAUCCGCCAGAGGGCAGCUACCUGUUCCUGGGUGACUAUGUUGACCGGGGAAAGCAGUCACUGGAGACCAUCUGCCUGCUGUUGGCUUAUAAGAUUAAAUACCCUGAGAACUUCUUCCUGCUACGGGGAAAUCACGAAUGUGCCUCCAUCAACAGGAUAUACGGUUUCUACGAUGAGUGUAGGAGGCGGCAUAGUGUCAAGCUGUGGAAGACAUUCACCGACUGCUUCAACUGCCUCCCCAUCGCUGCCAUUGUGGAUGAGAAGAUCUUCUGCUGUCAUGGAGGCCUGUCCCCAGACCUCCAGUCCAUGGAGCAGAUUCGGCGAAUCAUGAGACCUACGGAUGUUCCUGAUCAGGGCCUGCUGUGUGAUCUCCUGUGGUCUGACCCAGACAAGGAGGUGCUAGGCUGGGGAGAGAAUGACCGCGGUGUCUCCUUCACCUUUGGAGCAGAAGUGGUGGCCAAGUUCCUACACAAACACGACCUGGACCUCAUCUGCCGGGCGCAUCAGGUGGUGGAAGAUGGGUAUGAGUUCUUCGCCAAACGGCAGCUGGUGACCCUGUUCUCAGCACCCAACUACUGCGGCGAGUUUGACAACGCCGGCGCGAUGAUGAGUGUAGAUGAGACACUGAUGUGCUCCUUCCAGAUUUUAAAACCAACAGAGAAGAAAAAGCCGAAUGCAAGCCGACCCGCUACACCCCCUCGAAGUAUGGUGAUGAAGCAGCCCAAGAAGUAGGGCAGGGAGUAUGGUGAUGAAGUAUCCUUGGAAUCUGGUGAUGAAUUCUGGCGCAGUGUUGCUCUUCAAAACACUGACAUGUUUCUGAUGAUCUUAUUUUAUCAAAAUCUCAAUAUGGUUCAGAAAUGUAGCUUUAUUUUUAAACUAAAAAAAUGAAUAUGUGUAUUUAGAUAUUUAGGUGAUCCUACCAAAAAUUCACGUAUGCUGUAUUUAGUGAUGCCACUUGGCUACAAGUUUAAUGUGCCAGUCAUAACUAUGAUUUGACUUUGGAUGAUAUACAGCUGGAGUUUUUAUGUGUUGGCUUGUUUAUUAAAUGCAGCUAAAGCAAACGAUAUGUAACGGAUGCUUUGUAAUCUGUGACAAAUUAGCUAGUUUGGGCAUUCAGAAAGCUAACCACAAACACCAUAUUGAUGCCUAUGGAUUCAGAAUGGGAUGUCAUAAAAGUUCCUGUGGGUGUAACGGCAAGGUGUCCCAGUACGUUUGUCCAUACAGUGUAUAUCAACUUCCAUCAAUAUAUUCACAUAAAUUAUAAAAUUCUCACGAUAAGACAUGGGGAUUAAUAAUUUUUUGAGAACUUGUUGCUGCUCUUUCUGUUUAGAAGCAUGAACACUGGAUAGUUCUUGCAAUGCACUCACUACUUUACAACUCUGUCUACCUAUUCCAAAUGUGUUACAUCACAGCUUGUGGAAUAGAACAGGGUUCCCAAUAAUUUUCCCCUCAGGGCCAAAUUUC